AUGUCGCGCUUCAGGCAGGGUUCGAAGUUCAGGCACGUGAAGGGCCAGGUGAGCAAGCGCGAGCUGUGGUACGCCGACGUCCAGGGUGACGUGUCCGGCGAGGCCAACCCCAUCGCCGUCAGCGGCAAGUUCGUCGCCGUCGCGUGGCGCGCCACCGGUGGUGGCAGUGUGGGUGUACUCCCGCUGGACAAGCCGGGCAAGAGGCAGGGCGGCGUGCCGAUGAUCCACGCGCACACGGCGCGGGUGGUGGACCUGCACUUCAGCCCGUUCAACGACAACCUCCUGGCCACGGGCUCCGAGGACUGCUCGGUCAAGGUGUGGGAGGUGCCCGACGACCUGGCCAACGGGUCGACCUACUCCACGGCCAAGGCCCAGUUCAAGGGCCACGCCAAGCGCGUCGAGAUGGUCAAGUUCCACCCCGUGGCCGACAACAUCGUCGCCUCCGCCUCCGUCGACAAGACCCUCCGCCUCUGGGACAUCAACGCCCAGUCUGAGAAGCUUUCGGGUGCCUUCCCCGACAGCGUGUUCUCCUUCGAUUGGAACUACGACGGCAGCCUGAUCGCCCUCACCACCAAGGACAAGAAAGUCCGCGUUUUUGACCCGCGCUCCCGCUCCGUCGUCCAGGAGGGCGCGAACCACGAGGGCGUGAAGCCUUCGCACGUGGCGUGGCUCGGCGAGCUCGACCGAAUCGUCACCACGGGCUUCAGCCGGAUGCGUGAGCGCAAGUUCGCCGUCUACGACUCGCGCGACCUCAGCAAGCCCCUCACCACCAACACCCUCGACUCCUCGACCGGCAUCGUCAUCCCCCUCUACGACAACGACGCCCGCAUCCUCUACCUCGCCGGCAAGGGUGACGGCAAUAUUCGCGCGUAUGAGAUCCUGGAGACGGCCCCGCACUACUCGGAGCUGCCCGCCACCAUCUCCGACGUCGCUCAGCAGGGCAUUGCCAUCCUGCCCAAGCGUGCGUUGAACGUGAUGGACUGCGAGGUGGAGCGCCUGUUCAAGCUGUCCCAGGACGACAUCAUCCCCGUCUCCUACGAAGUGCCCCGCAAGGUGCGUACCAACCAAUACGGCCCCAACGCAACUCUGAAGACGAUCUCUUCGCUUGGUGGCUCGACCCACAGGACCUUUGCCGAGGACCUGUUCCCGCUGACCGCGGCCAACGUGCCCGCCCUGAGCGCCGACGAGUGGUUCUCGGGCGAGACCAGGCGGCCCAACCUCAUGAGCCUUGACCCCGCCAAGCGCGGCCAAACGAUCUCGUCGAGCUCUUCGUCUUCGUCUUCUUCAUCGUCGUCGUCGUCGUCUUCUGCUGCGCCCGCCGCGAGCACUCCCGCGCCGGCCAAGGAGGAGACCCCCGCGCCCGCGCCCAUCUCGACCUCCACUCCGCUUUCGAUCUCGGUCACUGUGCCGGCCAACGCCGAAGCCGAAGUCGACGAGGACGAGGACUACUACGUGCCCACGGCCAAGUCGAUCGUGAGGCAGACCAAGUUCAGGCAUCUCCUGGUCAAGCCCACCCAGCAGUCCGAGUGGGUGACCAACGUGAAGGUGGAGUCGAGCGCGGCCGACGCGUCACUGCUGAAGGCCAACGCCAAGUACUUCGCCGUGCCGUGGAAGGGCUCUGGUGGCCAGGUGGCGGUGAUCCCGGUCAACUUCAAGGGCAAGCUGCCCGACAAGAUCGGCACCAUCGAGACCGGCAAUGACGCCCUCGCCUUCGAGUUCCACCCCUACCGCGAUGAUCUGCUCUACGUGGGUCUCGACAACGCCACCAUCCGCCUCUACAAGGUGCCCGACAACGACCUCUUCAAGCAGAAGACCAACCACACCGAGUUCGACGGCGUGCUCCGCGGCCACGGAAGGCGAAUUUCGAACCUGUUCCAGCACCCGAGCUCGGGCGACAUCCUCGUGUCGACCUCCAUGGACCUGUCCGUCCGCCUGUGGGACAUCACCGCCCUCAGCGAGCUCUCCGCCAUCAAGGGAGGUCACAGCGAGCAGAUCCAGUCGGUGGUGUUCAACUACGACGGCGGGGUGAUGGCGACGUCGGCCAAGGAUCAGCGCAUCCGCCUGUGGGACCCGCGCUCGGGCGCCAAGAUCGACGAGACCGUGGGCCACGAGACCCCCAAGGCCUCGCGCCUCGCCUGGCUCGGCAACUCUACCCGCGUCCUCUCGACCGGCUUCCACAAGUCGAGCGAGCGCGAGUUCAUGAUCUUCGACACCCGAAACUUCUCCAAGCCCCUCACCUCCUCCCUCAUCGGCACGGGUUCGGGCGUGUUCGAGCCGUUCUUUGACGAGGACAUCGGGGUGGUGUACCUCAUGGCCAACGGCGACUCGUCGAUCAAGUUCUGGGAGGUGAGCGAGGAGGCCCCCUACGCCCACUACCUCACCGAGAGCCUGUCCACCCGCCAGCAGGCCAGCGUCGCCCGCCUCCCCAAGACCGCCUGCGACGUCCGAAACGUUGAGGUGGCUCGCUUCAUGAAGCUCUCCGGCUCGACGGUCGAGGAGUUCAGCGUCCGCGUGCCCAGGACCAGGACCGAGUACUUCCAGGACGACGUCUACCCGCCCACCCGCGCCCACGAAUCCGUUCUCACCCCGCAGCAGUGGUUCUCGGGCCAGAACGCGCAGCCUAAGCUCGUCAGCCUGAAGCCGAGCGACAUGACACCGCUCUCCGAGGCACCCAAGGUGGUCAGGAAGAUGCGCAAGUUUGAGACCGUCGAGACCAAGCAGGACGCCGCCGACCUCAAGGACGUCUUUUGUGGUUGUGAUGAUGACAAUGACUUCGCCAUCCAUGGCUCUGAUCACGUGACGAUGCAUGUGCAGGUGAUGAACAAGUUCUACGGCAAGAUGCAGGAGUACAAGGAGGAGAAGGAACCGCUCCCGCAGGACCUCCAGCAGGGCGCGGAGGAGGACGAGUGGUCCGACUAA